AUGGAGCCGGAGGCCCUGAACAAGUUGAUGCUAAAGGGCAAGAUAAGUUACGACUUUGUAACUCCAGACUAUGAGGAAUGGAUAAACUCGGGCGCCCUGGAUUUGCAGUCGGUUGAGAUCCUAAAGCACUUUAUGACGCUCAAUACCAUCCAAAAGUGCGAAUUUAUCAAAAAUGACGAUUUCAUCUCUAAAAUAUUCCUAAACGCAACCUAUGCCAGCGGCCCCGGGCUACUCAGGAGCUUCUCACUCGAACAUCUGUGCGAUGUCUGCCGAGUGGACAAUUCGAUAUAUACAAUUCUGCUCGAUAUUUUGCACGACAGAGAUGUCUUUGAGAUUUACUACGAUAUUGCGACACACGAGCAUGACAAGAGGAUCGUGGAAAAGACACUGUUUCUGCUCUCUGGGUUUAUAGCAUACGGAGGAUCUAGAUUUACAGAUGAACAGACGCAGUCACUUGUUAAAGUUAUUAAUAAAGUCUCCAUUGAUAGCUCCGCCAAGCUAUACGCAAUCGCAAAUAUUUUGGAACUAGAUAAAUAUCGCAAACUGAUCGAGAACGGAACUGUUGCGAAUUUACUCAAGAGUAGCUUGGAUAAAGAGGCUAAUCCAAACGCUCAAUACAAAGCUGUAUAUUGUAUAUGGUUGAUUUCAAGAAGUGAGGAAUACGUAGAGUUACUCUACAAAAUUGGUAUUGUGCAUGCACUAUGUGCCCUUUUCAGUUCAACAAAGGUCGAAAAGGUCGUAAGGGUCUGUUUACUUUUGUUCAAGAACUUGUUUCAAAGCUGGAAUUGUAUAGAAGUUAUGUUUGAUAUGAACAUUGCCCAAACUCUCACCUUGCUAGAGUAUGACAAAUGGCGUGAUGAAGAACUUUACGAUACCAUUCACAAACUUCACGCCCAACUUGAAGCGAAAACUUCCAAACUGAGCAAUUUCGAGAGAUACUGUUCUGAACUAAAUACGGGAACCCUUAGAUGGUCUGUUCUUCACUCUGAAAAAUUUUGGGCAGCCCACUUUGAAAAGUUUGAGCAAGACGAAUUCUCAAACAUUACAAAGCUUGUGGAUCUUUUGUACAAGUCAACGGAUCCAACCACAAUUUCAAUUGCGUGCUUCGAUCUUGGUGAAUUUGCACGCUUGUAUCAUAAUGGAAAAAAGAUUUGCAAAAAGCUCAAGGUGAAGGACAAGGUCAUGGAGCUAAUUGGAAAUAAAGACAGAGAAGUUGCAAGAGAAGCAAUGCUCUGCGCACAAAAAUUAAUGGUACAACACUGGCAACAAGUUAGUGCCAUACAGACAUAG